AUGAAGCGGAAAGUGAAACAGGUCACCCCGAGGGAAUGGGGCAAAUCAAAGCUGGAAAGAACCGAGAGCAUAUUCGUCAGUGAUACAACCUUUCUCCAGGUUGAAGUCAUCCAAAACAAAAGUAAAGGAAUUGCGCGUUUAGAGCCUUCCGGAGAUCUCAGCAAAGAAGGUUUACCUGAGGGCGUCGUCGACCGUGAAAGGCCGCCAAAGUUGAUGACGGAGCUCAAAGUCAACCUCCGCGCCCCAAUCGCUAGUCCCAAUCGAGUUAGUCCACGUGGUACCUUGAUUAACUAA